AGGCCGGGGUUCCCGGAUGCAGGCGGCUCGGCGGUUAUAAAGCGCCGGGGGAAGGCGGGAGCGGGUGCAGUUUGAAUCGCGGCGGGCCGGGGCUGGUCGGUGCUGUCGUCCGGGCUCGGUGCUUGCAGGACGCUCUCUUGCUUUUAUUUGUCCCUGCGCGGCGGUCCGGUUCGCGAUGGCUGGUGGCAAAGCUGGGAAGGACUCCGGGAAGACCAAGACAAAAGCGGUGUCCCGUUCUCAACGGGCUGGUUUGCAGUUCCCUGUAGGCCGCAUCCACAGGCACCUGAAGUCCAGGACUACCAGCCAUGGGCGUGUAGGAGCAACAGCUGCUGUGUACAGUGCUGCCAUUCUGGAGUACUUGACAGCUGAGGUUCUUGAGCUGGCAGGAAAUGCAUCCAAAGACUUGAAGGUAAAGCGUAUCACUCCCCGUCACUUGCAGCUUGCAAUUAGAGGAGAUGAAGAAUUGGACUCGCUCAUUAAAGCAACAAUUGCUGGUGGUGGUGUAAUACCACAUAUCCACAAAUCUCUCAUUGGAAAGAAAGGACAACAGAAAACAGUCUAAAGGAUACCAGGUUCCCUUGUUAUCUCAGGACUCUAAGUACUUAUUGUCCAGUGUUGGUGAUUCCAGUGGACUGUAUCUGUGAAACACAGUUUUGCCUUUUUGUAACUUUAAGAAGCUGAAGCUCACUUGAGCUUUCUCAAGAAACCAAAUUUCUGCAUUGAAGUCUUAACCGUAUUUAAGUGUUACCAUGGCUUCAAAGAAGCUAUUGUAUUUGCAGUGGUUUUUGAUUGAGAUGACUGUUUUUAGAUUGGUUUGACUAAGUAAGUAAAUGGAAUUUGACUAAGUAAAUGAAAUGUUUGGUUUUGUACAGACUUUUCAUCCACUAGAGUGGAAAUAUUCAAUAAAUGGUAUAUGAAUA